UCUAUGAACAGAAUCAAUGGCAACACUUUCCUCAUCAUGAAAUUCAAAGUUUUAUUGAAAUAACAAAACUUUCUCGUCAUUAAAUCAUAAUUAGAAUCAUCUGAUUGUUAUUAUGUCGUAUUAGUAUUAUUUUCUCAAUAAUUCCGAUAGAUUAAAGUGUUUUUCCAAGUUUUGUUUUCACUUUCAAAUUUUGUUCCAAUUAUCAAAAUUAUGGAUUAAUAUUAAUCACCAAAGUUAAUUUGUGUUCUACAAUCAACUGAUUGUCAACUUACCUCUUAAUUACUAAUCUAGAUCAAUCUUUUCACUAUCACUUGUAUUUCAUUACAAAUCGUAUCUGAAUCAAAUGUGAUAAUCCAACUGAUUGUUGUCAAUUUAUUUCGUGUUAUUGUUUAUCUGCAUUAGUGUUGGGACAGCAAAUUGAAGUUAAUUUAAGAGUUUAAUCAUUACCUAUGGAUCUUAAUUAUCCAGAUUUGGAAAAUUCAACUUCAUCAUUUAUCUCAUACGAUUAUGAUUUAGAUACAUCACUGAACACAUAUGAUUACUAUGAUCUGGUACCAACAGCGUUGAUUUAUGGGAUCACAUUGAUCACUGGUCUUAUUGGUAAUGGAUUAAUCAUCUACACUGUGAGUCACUUUAGGCGGAUGAGAACCUUAUCCAAUGUAUUUCUUGCUUCUCUUGCAUCAGCUGAUCUACUUCUCAUCAUUGUCUGUGUACCUGUCAAAUUUGGUCAAUUAUUUUCAUUUUCAUGGGAAUUCGGACCGAUUCCUUGUAAAUUUGUUCAUUACAUGCAAAAUGUUUCAGCCAUUUGCUCUGUUUACACACUGACAGCAAUGAGUAUUGAAAGAUACUACGCGAUUUUACAUCCCGUUCGAAGUCGUUACAUGUGUACAAUGUCACACACUCGGAUGAUCAUCAUUCUUACCUGGAUUUUUUCCCUAAUCUCAGCUUCACCGAUUCUGCAUUUACAGGUUCAUGUCGAGGUCGGUGAAAGGUACAAAGCUUUUUGGUGUUAUAAGGAUCCAAGUCAAACGGUUAUUUGGAAACUGUAUGAGUUUUACAUGUUCACCUUAAUCCUGGUGAUACCCUGUAUUGUAAUGGGCUUCACUUAUUCAUGUAUAUGUAAAAAUCUGUGGAUUGUUGUUCAAAAAAGAGCGACCAUGUUUGGCCAUGAUAAUGGAACUAUCGAGCUGAAAAACUCAGAGACCAUGUCACAUGACCGUAAAUUGUUACGAACUGAACAAAAUUCAUUCUCGAAUAAACAACAUUCCAUCAAGAACAGUUCAAUCCAAGAGAUGUACUCCAAUAAAGCCGACGAUGAUACUGCAGUCGUCAAACAGGUGAUCAAAAUGCUGGUCGCUGUUGUGAUACUGUUCAUAUUGUGCUGGUCUCCAAUACUAAUUAUUAAUCUACUGACUGCCUUUGGAACACUUCAUCAACUCAACUAUGGUUACCUGAAGCCACUUCGAACAGCAGCUCAUCUAUUGUCCUACCUCAAUUCGUGUAUCAAUCCAUUGGUUUAUGGAUUCAUGUCCAAAAAUUUUCGAGCUUCUUUCAAGGCAGCGCUACAGAAAUGUUUACCCUGCCGUUCAAAAGGAAACCAGCGAAGUAAUAGCCUUUCCUGUCGAAUUUCGACCACCGUUCUAACACCAGCUCCAUCUAACUUGUUAACUGAAGUCAAUUAUUAAUCAUAUUUAUCGACGACUGGGUUGAGGCCAUGGAUCAGCCACCAAGAUGCUUCAUAUCGUAGCAGACCAAAUAGCCAAUGGCUAAUCUUUUAUUGUUCAUUUUUUGUCCAAAUUCAAUAAUCAACUCGAUUAACCAUGAGCUUUAUCAUCGGUUCUUUUCUCUUCACUUUUUAAGUUCCUGUUCUGUUUAAUUUGCCAAUUUCAGAGUAACGUUCUGGUGUAUUUUGAAAUAUUCUGGUAGAUAAAGAAUUCUUAUCAUUGAUGACAAACAUACCAAUAAACAAAAGAUUCCAAUUUAUACAAUGAAGACCAUUUAUGAUUCCUUCUUCGAUCACUUGAUUAUUCACGAAGUAAAUGAGACCACGGAGACGAAAAAUAAGAAAAUCGUUGGUUAAUUGUGGACAUCACAGGGUUUACAGUAAUUGAGAGUAAAUUUCAACGAUUCAAUAUUAUUUAAUGAAAAGCGAGAUAAAUGAAAGGGUUUGCCUGAUCGGAGAAAGAAGUGAAAAUUAAGACGAGACUAAUUGAAUGACCAUGUAAAAUACUCUGUUAACUCCCAUACAUCUUCAAUCAAGAGAAGGUUAUCACAAUUCUCUUGAAAGAGUCAACAUUUUAUAUGAAAAAUAUCAACAUUGUUCAAUUAUGCCCCAACUUACCGACCGAUUCCUUAAAUGUAAAUAAAAAAAUAUCUCGUUUAA